ACUUGCUACAGGAGUGAUAAUGUUCUAAUUCCCGGUUUCCAAGUAGCGUGUUAAAUGGCGUCUGGUAAAAUGAUUUUAUAUUGGGGGUCAGGAUCCGCCCCCUGUUGGAGGCCUAUGCUAGUUCUCGCGGAGAAAGGACUUUCUGAAAAAUGUACGAGCAAAAGGCUGGAGUUUUCCAAGGGUCAACAUAAAGGGACGGAUAUAUUGGCAAUUAACCCACGUGGUCAGCUUCCGACAUUUAAAGAUGGCGACGUCGUUGUGAAUGAGUCGGGUGCGAUUUGCAUGUACCUGGAAGAAAAGUACAGUGACAAUUCUAACAGACUUUUACCACAGGAUGUCAACGAGAGAGCCGAAGUUUAUCAAAGGAUGUUUGAAACUUCUAACAUCAUAUCAAAUAUACAAGAACCCAUUGUAAGAUACCGGUACAGAACGAAAGCUGAAGAUCUGGACCAUGGAUAUUUAAAAGAAAAGACAGUGAAGGCAAAAGAAGAAAUAGACCGAUGGAAUACAAUUCUCAAAGGAAAGGACUAUUUGUGCGGGAGCAAAUUUACAAUGGCUGACGUGUUUUUCUAUCCAUAUUUAGCGUUAUUUGUGAGGAGCGGGGCAAAACUAGCUGACCAACCGGAACUGAAAAGGUACUACGAAACCGUCAGCAAGAGGCCGUCGGUUCAAGCUACUUGGCCACCACAUUGGAAAGAAGGGCCUGGCCCUGGAACUCUUAGCGAUCUGUAACUUUGACAUGUUACGAUUACCAAUAUAAUAAUUAUAUUAUAGUUGCCUUUUCACUGAACUGACUCAGUGCCAUAAUUAUGCUUUUUUCCAGAUUUUAACCAUUAAUCAUUAAUUCAUGAAACAGUGUAGGUAUUUAUGUUAUGUAAUGUAAUAAUAUUGUAAUAAUGUAUUGUAAAAAUGUAAUGUAAUGUAAUUUUAAGUAAUGUUAUGUCGAUAAACAGAGAAGCCAUGGGUCUUUUACGAUGCACUUCUUUUUUUUCUUUUUUAUUUCUUUCGAUUUUACUGGAAAAUAAAAUCAUUUUCUUA